ACUGCUGAGUAUCCCAAACUGGGCUGACAGGUUCGCCCUUUGUCCCCCACCACCCAGGGAAGACAAAUAGGGGACAGGGCAGUGUCCCCGGCCACUUGCCCUAUAGGUACCCAUUCAGGUGCCCGUUGGCGGUGGAUCAAGGGUCGGUGCUAUGGUGGCCCUGGUGGGCUUCCUGCUGCUCUGGGGUCUCGCCCUGGGCCCGGCGAAUGAGGCGGCCGUGGUGAUUGAGACCCAGCCAAAGCUCUGGGCAGAGUCAGCCUCACUGAUGGAGCCGUGGGCCCAGCUCAGGCUGACCUGCCGUGCACGCAUGGAGACCCAGGACUUCCAGUUGUUCAAAGACGGGGUGGCGCUGGAGCCUGUGCACCUUGCCAUCCCCGCCAUCGCCCACCAGUUUGUGCUGGGCAAGGUGACCAUGGACAACCGGGGCCUCUACCACUGCCGCACAGGCCUGGGUGAACGCUGGACCCAGCUGAGUGACCUCCUGGAGGUGACAGGCACAGAGCCCCUGCCCCCGCCCCGGCUCUCUGCUGAGCCUGUGUCCUGGAUCACACCCGGCCUCAACUCAACCCUGCGGUGCCACACUGUCUGGCAUGGUGCGACCUUUCUGCUGAUGCGGGAAGGUGAUCACGCGUCUUCUGCGGUGGCCAAGGCGGGAGUGGACAGAGAGGCCACCUUCCCCGUCCACCGGGCUGGCAACUACAGCUGUAGGUACCGGACCCACGCUGCGGGGAGCCUCUCUGAGCCCAGCAACACAGUGACCAUCGAGGAGCUGGCCAAGGCCCCGCCGCCCACGCUGGAGUUCCGGGGCUACGGCGCCAGGAUCCUGCAGCCCGGCGAGCGAGCGUCCCUGGAGUGCGUGGCGCCCCUGAACGACGCGGACUUCGAGCUGCAGCUACGCGGGGAGACCCUGCGCGUGCCCAUGGCCUCCAGCAGCCGGGACCGCGUCUUCUUCGAGCUGGACCCGAAGGCGGAGGGCGACAGCGGCCCAUACACUUGCCGCUACCUGCCGCGUGGCGGCGGCGCGGCCUGGUCGGCGAACAGCGCACCCGUGGAGCUGGUGCGCAGCGACGGGUCGCUGGCCGCACCGGAGCUGAGCGCCUUCCCCCCGGGCCCGCGCGCCGCGCCCGGCUCCCUCGUGCGCCUGCGCUGCCGCGUGCCCGGGCCCAGGCUGCGCGUGGCACUGGAGCGCGAGGACGCGCUGGGACGCCAGCUGCUGGCUGUGCUGCGGCCCGCGGGCGCUGAGGCCGAGUUCGAGUUGCGCAACGUAUCCGUGGCCGACUCGGCAAACUACAGCUGCAUCUACACAGACCCUGCGCAGCGCUUUGUGGGCUCCGCGCGCAGCGCACGCCUGGAGCUGCGCGUAGACGGGCCUCCGCCGGCGCCCCGUCUCCGCAUACUGGGGCCGCCCGUGACCCCGGGCCGCGACGCCGUCCUGCACUGUGAGGGCCCUGUGCCCGGCGUGCUCUUCGAGCUGCUGCGCGCGGGUGAGGAGGACGCUGUGGCGAGGGCCAGCUCCACGCGCACCGCGGCCAACCUGGUGCUGAUCGCCGUGGGGCCCAGACACACAGGCAACUACAGCUGCCGAUACCGUGGGUGGAGGCCUGUGGCGUUCGAGUCGCUGCUCAGCGAGCCGGUGGAGCUUCGGGUGUCGGGUAGCUGAUGCCGUGCACACCACCAGGUAUAUGGUACUUGAGACGCCAGAGGAUCUGGGUUCCUCUCCUCCCAGGAUCAAUAAACAUCGAGAAGGGC